CAGCAAAAUGUACGUGACAGCGUUCUUGUCCUAUGUUGCUAAAAUACAACAAGCGUUUUCCACAAUAUCAGUAUUUCAGUUGACUGCCUGGCGCUACCCUCCUGAUGCGACUGUGACUGAUGGAGCGUCGUUUGACUUCGUGAUCGUGGGCGCAGGCUCGGCAGGCAGCGUGCUGGCCAACAGGCUCACGGAGGACCCGAGGGUGACGGUGCUGCUGAUAGAAGCCGGCCCUGAUUCACCCAUCGAGUGCAAUGUUCCAGGAUUGGGCUCGUAUGCCAAGUCGUCGUAUUUGAACUGGAAACACGUCACCGAACCAGAUGAAAAUGCUUAUCAAUGCUUGGAAAAUUACAUAUACCCCGUAGGCCAUGGCAAAGUUCUGGGUGGGACUAGCAGCAUAAACGACAUGUACUAUGUUCGAGGUAAUCCUGAAAACUACAACACGUGGGCUGAUAUCAUCAAAGAUGAUUCGUGGAAUUACAAACAUGUACUACCAUAUUUCAAAAAAAGUGAACGUCUGGAAGACUCGGCAAUAUUACAUUCACGCUAUCGAAAAUAUCACGGAACCAAUGGCUAUAUGAAAGUCACUAAAGUAACAAUCAGUGAAUUUAAAAAUUACAGGAGCGUGUUUCAAGAAAUGGGCUACAAGGUACUUCCUGAUAUAAAUGGCGAUCAGCACGUAGGAGUUUGUGAACAAUUAAUGACGGUUGCCGAUUGUCUUCGUCAAAGUACUGCUAAUGCUUUUCUGUCGCCGAUAAAAGAUCGCCCGAAUCUGCAUGUCUUAAAAGAAACUCUUGCUACAAGAAUAAUUGUAGAUAAUGGCAAAGCCACAGGUGUUGAAGUAAUUGAUAAUGAUAACAAAACUUUAACAGUCAAAGCAAACAAAGAAGUGAUAAUAUCAGCAGGAGCUAUAAACACACCACAACUUUUAUUGUUGUCUGGGAUCGGUCCAAAAGAGCAUUUACAGAACUUUAACAAGACGGUCGUAGCAGAUCUUCCUGUAGGAUAUAAUCUGCAAAAUCAUCAAUUUAUACUCAUGGGCAUUACAAUGCCAGGAGCAGAAGCGAUACCUGUACCUGUAAAUCCAUAUGCUAUAAACUCGGUUUUGGCCACAGGAUACCUGACAGCAAAUGCAUCCGCAAAAUACCCUGACUACCAAGCCUUCUUUUUAAAAACAGGUGUUGAUGGAUUCGUUGAAAGUUGUGUGUUCUUCAAUUUUAACUAUGAUCUAUGCGAGAAGUUGUAUAACGAAGUUAAAAAUAUUAAUUUCGUCGCAGUCGCAAUAACAAGUUUUAAUGUUAAAACUCGUGGAACAGUAGCACUAAAAAGUUUGGACCCAAGAGAUAGCCCUCUUAUUACUUUAAAACCAUAUUUGGAAGAAAGUGAUUUAGAGGACAUGAUCAGGAACGUAGAAGACUUCGUAAGGAUUGUGAAUACCACGUAUAUGAAGAGUGUUGGCGCGAAGUUCAUAACGUUACCCAGCUGUGAGGACUUCGAGGAGGGAAGUAAAGAAUACUGGAGGUGUUACGUGCAGUGUUUGGUCAGUUCUGGGUUCCACUAUGUGGGGACCAGCGCUAUGGGAUCCGUGGUGGACAGCCGGCUGCGCGUGCUCGGUGUUAGAGGACUGCGGGUGGUGGACGCCAGUGUCAUGCCCACCAUCACUAGUGGGAACACUAACGUUCCCACUAUUAUGAUUGCGGAGAAAGCCGCUGACAUGAUUAAGAAAGAUAACCACAUGCACAAUCAAAUUAUUCCACGUGAUUUUAAUAUUCAUUGCAGGUCAUUGUAGUUUAGAUUAGACUUCCUUACACAAAGAGGCUUCCUUAUAGCAUAAUUAUCAUUUAAUUUACCCCCACGAUAAUGUGUGUUCUAGAUUAAUCCUACUAAUUCCUACUAAUAUUAUAAAGGCGAAAGUUUGGAUGUCAUGAUGUCUGGAUGUCUGGAUGUUUGUUACUCUUUCACGCAAAAACUACUGAACGGGCUAACAUUAUAGGCUAUAAUUUAUGACGAUCUGUGACAUACUAAAUUUCACGUGGAUGAAGCCGCGGGCAAAAGCUAGUUUGAUAUAAUAUUAUGUAGAAUGUUCAUUUCGAAUAAAAAUGAUAGUAGAGUACUUAGUAGAUUAUAAAUGAUUGCUAAUUUUUAGUGAUGGGCCGACUAUGGUCUUUGCCGACUAACCGACUAGCCGACUAAUCGGUUUUCAUAUUGCCGACUAGUCGGCCGACUAAUCGGCAAUGCCGAUCAUUCUAAUACCUACUUGUCCGAAGAAUAAUAUCUAGAUUUCUCAAAGAAAUAAGAAUAUCUAGAUUUCUAAAGAGAUAAAUAUAACUUCUUGAGAAAUGAGAUUUCUUUAAUAUGAGAAAAAAUAAAACGCAACAUUGACCUGAGGUAGAUGUCAUAAUUUUCGACGGCGGAGGGGUCGGAGGUGACAAUAUAUGAUCGCCUCCUGCUGGGUUAGGAUCCUGCACGGUGGUGGUCAGCGAGCUGGGGGCGUGGGGGUACCCCCGCCUGCAUAGCACGGACUACCACCACUGUCGGAUAGGCAGGGCUCGUCAUACAAGUAGGAAAUUGCCGGGAUGGACUGUGAUAGUUGAUGGCUUUGUCCGGAUUCCCAUAGUUCUUCACACUAAGGCGAUCGACGCAGCUCAGGGGCUAUUAUUUAUGUGGGUAUUCCUCAUCCUUCCGAUGAGAGGAGCCCCACAUAAUCUACCACUUCCCCGCAGGAUAGGUAUGCAAUUCCAUGCAUAUUUUUCCCGAAAAAAAAGUCAUAAUUUUUAUAUGGACAAAUUACAUAAACUUUUCACAUUUUUGAUGAUUUCCUGGUAAUUUUAACUAAUCUUAACUUUGUAUGAAUAUAGACUGAUUGCCAAAGUUUUAAAUCUGGUGAAACCACUUUAUACUGAAUUUUUGCAGUCAAAAGUGGUUUAGAUAAACGCCCUUAGUCUACCUCAUAAUCAUCUUGGCGAUUAUGAGUUUUAUUUCAUUUACAUAUUUAAUUUUUUAAUGCGCCGAUUAUAAUCGGCAUAUUUUGCCGAAUAGUCGUCACUAGUCGGCCGACUACAAAAGAUGCCGAAUAGUCGGCUUUCCCGACUAGCCGGCGACUAGUCGGCCCAUCUCUACUAAUUUUAUGAAUGUUCAUGAAAUGUGUGUUACAUUUUUUAAAUUUUAUUAUCAAAUCUAUCAAACAAAGAUUAUUAUUAGAAUUUGAAUCCCUAUCUUCUACCCAUUUUAAUAAAAAAUAUGUAGCGCCCCUAUCCUUACAGUUGCCGCCGUUACAGUUCAGUGAUAGGUACAUAACGAACAAAACGUUUUCCUUAAUAAAUAUGCAUGAUUAAAUAUAUUAGCUUUAGGGCUAUCUCUACGUAGCGUAGAAAGAAUUAAAUGAGGUUUAUUACACGAAUAUUAAAAAAACGAAGAAAGAUAAAAUUUGACUAUUUAAUUAUAUCAAGAUUCAGCUUAUGACCGCAGUCUGUGGAGGAACACUAUUAUGUGGUCACGAUCCUCAUCAGUUAUCGGUAAGGGACCAAGGAAGAAGAUAUUAAGAUUUUCAGAAAUGUAGGGGUCUCAUAAAGGUAAUCUUUAAAGAUUCAAUAAAACAUUAAUUAGGUACUAAUAAAAUUGUUGUUUUAAUUUUUGGAGUUCAGCAUCAUGCU